AUGGUCCCCGGAGGCGACGCUUGCCGUACUGUGCUUGACUUGGGAAACUGUAGCAGCUACUACGCUGGCCCCUACCAGAAGAAGGGAAAUGACCCCGACGACGACACGUGGCGGCUAUGCAGGCCGCAUUCCAACCUUAGCAAGGACGAGGUGUGCCAGGGCGAUGCGAUCAGGGGCUGCUUUCCGCUGCCGCCGCUGCCGUCCAGCGCCACAGCCUCCAUGGCCGUGCUGCUAGCCGGCCAGGCCGCAAGGGCGGCGGCUCUACAAAAAUAA